ACACACCUACUGCUUCGAGUGCAUUACUUCCUCAUUGAGAAAUCGUUCUACAUUUUGGCGGCUCUCUCCAUUCCUUCGACAAAAUGAACAUUUAUACUGGUCUAACCUUCAUGAGUUUUGUUUUCUGUAUCAGCACAUCAUCAGAAUGCUCUCUGAAAAACAUCUCCUGCAGCGACAUUAAAACUGAUGGGGGAUUCACGUUCCCCCAUGAGUGUCCUCAAGGCAGCGUGAUUGAGGUGUACGAUAAUGGGACCCUGGUUGCCCUCGCUGGGCCUGGCAUUCCGAAGACAAAGUUAUCGGAUAAAAAGAUAAUCAUUGGCAACGAUUCAGUCGUGACAAGAAACUGUCGAGACCUGAAAAUAAAAUGCUUUGUUCCUGUCAAAAACGACACUGUAAAAGAAACCUGUUUGGAUUAUAAAGUUACUGGGAUGCCCAACCCAGAUCCCGUUCAGCCACCAACAAAAGAGAACGACAUCAAUGCUUUAACAAUCACCCUUUGGGUUCUCGGCGGGCCUUUCGUUGGGGCCAGUGUUUUAAUUGUGGUUGUUAUGGUUUGGCUUUGUUGCUGUAAAAAUAAGUCCUCGGGAGUCCCCUGGGAUCUACAAUACCUACGUUCUUGUCUUAUAAACAACAUUUCACAGACACAAAACAACGGUGAUAUCAGGCUCAGUGAAAUAUCUGCCACUGAUCCACGUGGAAGUGGUGGAAGUGAUGGAAGUGGUGGAAGUGGUGGAAGUGGUGGAAGUGCUAUCGAGCAUGGAAACACACUUGAAAGUGUGCAUUCUCACAGUAUCGAUGCCACGGCUCCUCAGUCCUUUCGUCUGGACUCCACCACACAGGGAAUCCAGGCGACUGAAAGUGGACUCGUGAUGUCAGAUGGCAACGGGGCCUCGAAUCAUCGAGCCAUGAACAGCUUGAGGGAUGAUCCAGGAGGAGUGAAUGACAACAACAGAAAAGCAAUUCUUGAGACCGGGGAGAUGCUCAGUGGAUGGACUGCUGGUGUUCGUGGUCCUGAAGAUCAUGGGCAUGAAGACCAACCGCUGCUGUCGAAUCAGAGAGCUGCCAACCGAGGUCUUGACAUGACAGGGAAACCCGCAGCUUUGGUGCACAAGCGCGGCGUUGACCCGGACCGGGUCAGCAGGCGCUCGACUGAACCCGACACUGACGUGGAGUCAACGGAUGAACAUGAAUAACUGCAGUUUACAUGAAUAAUUAUUUAUAAAAUAGAUACAUAAAGAAUAAAUACAUUAUAUUUAGAAUAAUAAUAAUAACUUAAGUAUACUCACAGUCAGGCUAUGUGGUGAAUUUACUGGCAGCUCCUUUGGGAUCAACUUGCAUCUAAAUAAUAAUUUCAUCACAUGAUGAGCUUGCUAUUCAGUGUAUUCAUUGGCAUGUGAUCAGUCAAUCAGACGGAUUAGAUAGCAUAUUCAUUUGGGUAAUUAUUUUUAAAUAUACAUUAAUAGCAACAACAACAACAGCAAAAAACAACAGUUCUACUGAGAAUAUAAAGUACAUGACUUGACCAAAGGAUGGGUGGACCAUGCCAGCUAAAGAACCACAUACAGAGCUGUAUAUUAAUAUAUUUGUAUAACAGGUAUAAUGUAUGGUAUAAUACAUAUUUAUGAACUAAACAUACAGUAUAUAUAUCGUUUUUAUUUCUAUCAGAUUUUAUAUACAGUAUAUAUAUAUGUAUAUUUAUAUUAUAACUAAAUAUAAUGUAUGCUCUUAACGAGAUAAUGCAUACCAUAAAUGCAUCUUUUAUAUAUCUUUAAUUUCUUUGAGAAUUUUCUUUGAAAUGUGUUGUAAUUUCAUAUGUAUACAAUCAGUUAAGUAAGCCAGUCAUUACUUACAUGUUUAAUCAUAUCACCUGAAUCACAACACCUUCUUUUCCUUUUUUGUAAUACUCUGUAUUUGUGAAUUUGGAGAUCUUAUUGUAUUUUCAUGUAUUUUAACUCUAAAUCUGUCCUUCUGUACACAUGACAUAUAUUGCACCUGUCCAUCCUGGAGAGGGAUCCUCCUCUGUUGCUCUCCUGAAGGUUUCUUCCCUUUUUUCCCCGUGAAGGGUUAUUUGGGAGUUUUUCCUGAUCCGAUGUGAGGUAUUGGGACAGGGAUGUCUAUGUGUACAGAUUGUAAAGCCCUCUGAGACAAAUUUGUGAAAUUGGGCUAUACAAAUAAACUGAAUGGAAUUGAAUUAUUGUGAUUCUGUAUUUUUCUUUUCUUGGUUAAGUUUUUUAGCUGCAUUACUUUAGCUUUUUAAGUUGAUCAAUUUGUAUUGAAAUGAUGGUAUUAUUAAAUACAGUACGAUCAAUUAUAUUUUUCAAAUAAAUUGUUUAAAUCUUGGA